AUGAACAGCGAGCUGAGCGAGGACAGCGAGGGGAAGUUGGAAUCACUCGAAGAAUACAUUGACUGGUACUUCGACACUACAGUCAUGAAGAAGAACCUCAAUACAUCUUCCCCGGGAAAAAUUGACAUGGAUAGUUGCGCAACACAGGCCAGACAUUACAAGACUCUGCAGGAGAUUUAUAAGAAGCCAAAACCCAACCAAGAUGCUGUCUGCCAACUCCUUGACCUUGAGUUUCAGUCAAGAAGAGCCUUCAUUGAUGGAGAUGUACUGAAAGAAGAGGAUAGGCCAACAAAGAUUCUGGAGGCAUAUCCAUGUUUCAAGGAGCUUCACAAUGUAAUGGAUGAGCUGCGGCGGAUCCUGGAUAAGGGCAACAGCAAAUUCAUAGCUGAAGUAAAGAAGAGAUGGGAAGACUUCUGCUCCAUGGUACAGUUUUAUGGUGUUUGGAAGAAGGUGUUGAAACCACUUAUGAACCUGGGUAAAGUGGAAUACAACAUAGCCCUGUUCAGGGCACUUCCCACACUCUUCCCCUCACCAGCUGUGCCACCUAAGAAACUGGGACAUGCCAGUGAGGCACUGCUUCAUGUCCUUCAGCCAACAGAAAAUCCAGCCGUGUACCUCCAGAGGAGAUCUCUCUUCAGCCCUGUUUUGCUUUUCGAUGGAUCUCGCUGUCUUGUGGUAAUUGGAACCACUCCGAUCACCACAUUUGCCAAAGAAGACCUCAGUCAAGGUUUGCUUUAUCUGAUGGCAUACUACUACACCCUGCAUCUCACCUAUCCAAAGUGUGUGGCAACCCUUCUGUCUGUCAUUCAGACUGAAGUGUUAAAGGACAGUAUCCAUGAGCGAGACACCACAGGGUGAUAUAAAAAAGCCAUGGCAGAGUGGAAGGGUUUCAUUGAGGAGUAGAGCUGCUCAGAUGCAUGUAAUUUUUAUAUCUGUGGUGGAAAGUUUUUUGGGUUUUUUUGACCUGAUAAAGAGUUAUAUAGACAGUUUUAGUAGCUUUGAACGUUGAUCACAGUUAAUAAACUGGUAAACAGUUGUGACAAACACAAAGUAAUGUAACUUUACCAUGACUUUGUCCUGUAAGUGAAAGUUACUAUUAGUUUAAUAAUAAUCACAGUGUAAAAUGUCUGACAUUACAUUAUAACCUCAACAGUAUUAUUUCUGUGGGUUUUUUUGCACAUUCAUGUCUGCAGUGCUUUGAGCAAUUGUUACUAUUUGGAGAAACAAUUCAA